AUGACUACUCUCGUACGGACUCGCCAUCCGCUACAAGUCUUGAGCAUGAGCAACCAGCCGGAGCGACGGCAAAGCAAACGCCUCGCCACAAGGACCAGAGGGAGGAAGCGGAAGGAUGCUGCCGACUUGCCCUCCUUUUCCUCCGCCGCCGCAGGGGUUUACGACGAACAGGACGGGGAUUUUCUAUUCACGCGCGGGUCAAAGCGGGCCAAAACAGCGCCCGUGCCUGAGGAGGACGAACUAGGGGAAGAGCCUGCGCCGGCGCCAGUACUGGCCAAAAAGAGCGUGGGGAGGCCACCGAAAGGGGGUGUAAGACGAAAAGCUUCAUCACCGGCCCCGGUCCCAACACCACAACCUGCGCCAACGAGGUCGAGGGCUGCAGCACCAGCCCCAACGACAAGGAGGGCGUCAAAGCGGAAAUCGAGCCCGGAUCCUGCGCCACCGCCAGAAGAUGAUUUGGUGAUACCCAAGUCCAAAACCCGGCGGAAAUCGCGCGAGGCGACGGCUGGGAGGAAACCGCCGCCAAAAGGGGCCAGAGCUUCAAAAAUGAACGGAAUCUCGCAGAUGAUAGAACCUGAAGAAACUGAAGAAUACGAAGACGAGCGGCCACGCCCCUCCGGACGGAAGGACGAGACCCCCAGCUCGGCCGGCCCACAACCACAAUCCCAGAUGAUCGCACUCCCCUUCAGCGACACACCCAUCAUCAACCGCAACAAGGAGUUCCGUAAGAAGGGCGGCGCGAGUGGUGGUCGGCGUAGCAGUCUGGGGAUGCGCGGGCGGCGGGCCAGCUCGCUGAUCGAGAACGGGCACAGUGCGCUGCCGCACCGCCAGGUUGACCCGGCCGAGUUUUACAAGUACAUCUCAGCCGAAGGGCUGAGCGAGCCGCGGCGGAUGAAGCAGUUGCUGGUGUGGUGUGGAGAGAGGGCGCUAAGUGAGAAACCGCCACAUGGGCGGCCAGGGUCGAGUGCUAUUCUAGGAGCACGUGCGAUACAAGACCAGCUCCUCAAAGAUUUUGGCGCGCGGUCCGAGUUCUCCGACUGGUUUGCGCGGGAAGACGCCCCCAAACCACCCAUCCCCGUCGUCCUGCAGCCCAACCCGCGAAAUGUCGACUACGACGCCAAAAUCGCCGACCUCGAGGCCAAAAUCGAACGACUUAAAGCCCAAAAAUCCGCCUGGCAAGCCAUCGCAACCCCCCUCCCCACCGUCGGACCUCUCUACCCGGACCCCGACCCGCGCAAGGCGCCCCUCCCCGACGCCACCCUCCUCGACCCCUCCGAAGCAGCCAUCCUAGCCUCGCUCACCAGCCCGGAGACGUCCUUCGGGGCCUUCAAGCGGCAGGCGCGGUCGCGGCUGCAGAACGCGCAGACGGCGCUCGAGUUCCGCGUCGACCGCCUCGCCGACGGCGUCCACAAGCUCGACAUGCGCGUCGCGACGGCGGGCCGCGAGGCCGAUGUCGUGCUGGCGCUGAGCGCGGCGCGGUUGAGGGAGCGGGAGGAGAGGGAGAGGAGGGCGGUGGGGACAAGUGGGGUGAGUGUGAUGGAGGUGCUGAGGAGUUUGGGGCGGAUUUUGCCCGAGGGCGGGUAG